GUGCUCAAUUCCACUGUGUAUAGAUAUCUAUAUAUACAGCUAAACUUAUAGCAGUGAUGGAUCGGAGUGAAAAAGAGAAAGAGAAAGAGAGAGAGAGAGAGAGAAUUGAGUGCCAACUGGAAAUUGAUAUUAAAUUAAGAUAAGAUUCCAAAUGGAGUUGUCUAAUAAUGGCGGAUCACGGCUGAGGCGGCGACUCAUCCUCAUCUUUAGCUGCGUUAUUCUGAGCAUCGGCCAAUGCGGCGGCCCAUUGCUCACGCGCCUCUACUUCCUCCACGGCGGCAAGCGCGUCUGGUUCUCCAGCUUCCUACAAACCGCCGCUUUUCCGGCGACGUUCAUCCCACUCGCCGCCGCGUACUUCCGGCGACGCCGCGCCCACGGCGCCGCCGCCGCGAAGAUCACCUUCUUGACGCCUAAGAUUUUCCUCGCCUCCGCCUUCAUGGGCCUGGUGAUCGGCGUCGACGGCUACAUGAACGCCUACGGCGUCUCGAAGCUCCCCGUCUCCACCUCCUCCCUCCUCCUCGCCACCCAGCUCGCCUUCACGGCCGGCUUUGCCUUCGUGCUCGUCAGGCAGAGGUUCACGCCGUUCACGGUCAACGCCAUCGUUCUCCUCACCGCCGCCGCCGGAAUCCUCGCCAUUGGUGCUGGCGGCGACCGCCCCGCCGGCGAGUCCACCCAGCAGUACAUCCUGGGAUUCGUGCUCACGCUCCUCGCGGCGGCGCUCUACGGGUUUUUCCUCCCGCUGGUGGAAUAUACUUACAAGAAGGCCAAAAAUGGGAUGACUUAUACGUUCGUUCUGGAGAUGCAGGCCGUCAUGUGCCUCGUCGCCACCGCUUUCUGCACUGUCGGCAUGAUCGUCAACAAGGAUUUCCAGGCAAUUUCGAGGGAGGCAAAAGCAUUUGACCUAGGAGAAGGGAUGUACUAUGUGGUGGUAAUAUGGAGCGCCAUUGUAUGGCAGCUUCUCAUCAUCGGAACCGUAGGAGUCAUAUGCUACGGCUCCUCGUUGUUGUCGGGGAUUCUCCUAGCCACCUUACUUUCCGUCACGGAGGUGUUGGCUGUUAUCUUCUACCGGGAGAAAUUUGGAGCCGAAAAGGGGAUUUCUCUGGCCCUCUCCCUCUGGGGAUUCGUUUCCUACUUCUAUGGCGAAAUCAAAAGCAACAAGGAGGCGGACACCCAAGUCGUCAAAGAAUCGGAAAUGGGCCAACGUCAAAGCCUUCCUAUGUGAUUGGCAUGUAUUAGUACGAUGAGAGUGUAUUGUAGAGUAAUUGGUGGUGUUUUUAGUUACGUUGUACGUACAUAAAUGCUCCAUUUUGUUUGUGCCGUGGAGCCUAGCUAGCUAGCUAGCUUCCUCAUAAAUCAAGCAAAUGACUUGAUUCAAUGCAA